GCCCCGCUCAGAAGAGAGCGAGCGAAACACGACACCCCGAGGACGGAGAGAGGCACGGGGGGAGGAGAGAGUCGCAGUGAGUGGUGUGAGAGUGAGUGGAGGACUAAAAAAGUCUGCAAAGAAAGAAAGGUUGCUAUCUAACGUUAAUUUCUGUCCAAGAAGUAAUAAAGCGUCACGGUGGAGAGAUGUCAAACAGCAAUGAAGAUGCGGUUGAGGCGGAGUAAGCGGCUACCGGACAGUUAGCGAAAGAACUUGGUAGGAGAAAGAAAGGCUUUUUUGACUGGCUCGACUCAGGACGGCUGGCCGUUUUCCGCCGCAACUUGAGCAGAUCUCAACGUUUCUAGUUACGGGACGGGAGGCGAGGACCAACAGGGAAGUCUUGACCGCUCAGCUCAGGUGGAAAGCGACUCCUUCGGCUGGCAGAGAGCCGGGGAAAGGACCGUGAGAACGCGACUGUUCGGGAGGAGAGAGCUCCGCUGAAGCAGUAGCUUCAAAAGUUUGCCGUGCCUUCACCUAGUUUUCCAGAAUAGGAACUUGAGGGGGAGGAAGUGGCCGAGAGAUUGACUUGUCUUUCCACACACAACUUUGUGGAAGUCAUCCAGUUUAGUGAACUUUAUCCGCUUGCUGUAUAGCUAAGUAGCUAAACAGGAAGAAUGAAAACACCUGGAGAUACCGGGUUCGCCUUCCCAGAAUGGGCCUACAAGCCUGAGUCGAGUCCCGGGUCCAGGCAGAUUCAGCUGUGGCAUUUCAUCCUGGAGCUGCUCAGGAAAGAAGAGUAUCAUGAUGUCAUCGCUUGGCAGGGGGACUAUGGCGAGUUUGUCAUUAAGGACCCAGAUGAGGUGGCACGGCUGUGGGGGGCCAGGAAGUGUAAACCCCAAAUGAACUACGACAAGUUGAGCAGGGCACUGAGAUACUACUACAACAAAAGGAUCCUUCAUAAGACCAAAGGCAAACGAUUCACCUAUAAGUUCAACUUCAAUAAACUGGUGUUGGUCAACUACCCCUUCAUCGACAUGGGCUCCGCUGGAAGCAGUGUUCCUCAGAGCGCCCCUCCUGUCCCCACUGGUGCAGGGACACACUUCCGCUUCCCUCCUUCCACACCCUCAGAGGUCCUCUCCCCCAACGAGGACCUGCGCAGCCCAGGCGGCAUGUUCAGCUCUGUGGCCCGACGAAUGGCACGCGGCUCUGUCAGUGAUUGCAGCGACGGCACCUCUGUCAAUUCUGAGAUCGAGGAAGGCAACGCGGGAGCGGGAGAGGAGAGGGGAGAGAGAGGUGUUAGUGGUGGAGGAGGAGGACCUGGGGGUGGAGGAGGAGGCUACCGGAGUAUCAUCCAUCCCCGUCUGUCUCACGAAACCCUGUUCCGCAUGUAUGGAGGACCGGGAAACCCUGCUGGGCACCCAGGCUCCCGAGGCCCCGCUGCGCACCGUAUCCACACAGAGCCCCUGUCCCCCUUCCCUGUGUCCCCUCUGCCGGGGCCAGGAGGAGCCGGCCUUUUAGCCCCUCCUCUGUCCCCAGCACUCUCCAUGACCCCAACAUCUCACCUCCCCUAUACUCCCUCACCCACACUGUCACCCAUGUUAGGCUCUCACUUCUCCUUCAGUUCAGAAGACAUGAAGCGCUACCUGCAGGCCCACACCCAGUCAGUGUACAACUAUGGCCUCAGCCCCAGAGCUUUCCUUCCAUACCCCAACAUUGUCAUCCCUCAGCCCCACAGGCCAACAGCAGACAAGGUUGGUCUGAGUGCAGAGAGGGGAGCAGGCGAGAGAGCAGAAAGAGCCGCGACAGCAGGGGGAGGAGAGAGGGGAGGAGAGCGGCACCACCAUCCACCUCUGGCUCACUCAGCCCACCACCACUCACAUCCACCUCACUCCGCCCAUCCCCACCCCCAUUCCCAUCCCAUGCUUCACCCACUUCACCUCGGUGAGGAGCCCCCACACAUGUCUCCCUUCAAGUUCAAGCUACAGCCACCACCGCUGGGCAGGAAGCAGAGGGAAGGGCAAAGUCAGACUAAAGCCAGGCAGAGCUCACUGUCCUCAGGCUCAGGGUCCGGGUCCAUGUCAUCGACCUCUGGCCUGGGCUCCUCACUGUCAUUUGGUAGUGACCUGAGCUCAGCCAGUGGCUCAGGCCUCAUCUCUGCCUCCUCUUCAACGCAGUCCUUAAACAGUGCAGGACUUCCCAAGAUAAAGGUGGAGUCCAUCUCUGACAUAGAGUCAGAGGAAGAGGUGGAAGUGACUGACAUUAGUGAUGAAGACCCAGAUGAAAGAGAUGAAGAGUUCGAGCUGUUCUCUCCUUGCCACUCUAGAGCCGCUGACCACCACCACCACCUUGCUAACGGCACAGCCGGGCCCCACCAUCAACCCCAUCCUGAUGAGGACCUGGAUGAGGAUGUCUUCAAAGCCCCUGCUCCUCCUCCACCUGGCCUGAUGCCCUUCUUCACCUCUCAGCACACACACUCCAGCACCUAUCGCGGGCUGCCCACUCUUAAGAGUGAACCCACCGAGCCAGGGGAGAGCAACACGACCGCACCUCAGGCCAGCUCAGCAGGAGUUCUCCAGACCAAGUGCAUCCCCCUCAAGCUACGUUUCAAGAGACGCUGGAGCGAAGACCAGCGCAUGGAGGCUUCACAGGAGGAGUCAGAAAAAAAGAUGAGCGGGAAAGAGAGAGCCAAAGUAAUGGGCAGAUGGAGAUGGAGGAGGACGGGACAGGCAGUGGAGAAGGGGACAGCCCUCCCCCGUCAGCGUACGAGGGCUCUUUAG